AUGAAAUCCAGCCAAGAACCGUAUUCCACUUAUGCGAAGAUUGUUACAGUCCCACGCAAGAAAGUUCAAGAUCCGGUUACCUUUACCUCAAGACACACGAUAACCCUUACGUCGAUGGCAACUCUAACUUCAUUUACCACUAUAUUCGAAACAGAGCACCUAGGUCCCGUCGAUCCGUUGCCCAAAGUCACUCUGAAGAUCACUACCCAUAUCACAAUAACAGCUAUCAAAGACCCUUUGACAAGUUCCGCACAAGCCAUUCGACCAGCCAUAGACCCCAGUCCGUUAUCUCCUCCCAGCGUUGAUGCGAGCAUUGAUCCAUCACUUUGGAGUACUGUUACUAUAAGUGACAAAAUACCGCCGAGCUCAGUCUUGACUGCAUCGUAUACCACUGAUCAAGACGAACCAAAUCUACCAACAGCUACUACAGAAGUUUCAUCUUCAAACGACUCUUUAACAGCGGCUAAGGUAGCGCCUAUCGCAGUCGGUGUGUUCUUUAUGCUCGCCACAAUAUGUUUAAUAAUCUAUCUUUGGUUACGACGUCGCCGAAACCGAAAACGCACCAGUGCCAGCACUCGUAUACCCCAGGGCGUGGAAGCCUCACGAUCAAACCCAGCUCCAUCAAACUCGCCAUACGGUCAAGAGCUCAAACCUAUAUUAGCACCCUAUCGCUCUACCAAGGAAAACACACUUCUGACUACCGAUGCACGUAAAAUGUCUUUCGAGAUCGAUGAAUAUGGUCGUAAUAAGGGCCUCAAACACUAUAAAUUCGAACCUUGUAGCUCGAGACCUCGUGACGGACGCAAAAUAGAUCUCGACCAAGGUCCUCAGUGGAAGGGCAAGGAGCGUGCAGAAUAG